ACCCAAUUUUCACCAAUUUCCUCUACUUAAAAAACCAACCCCUGAUCUCCAAAUACACUUCAUCAAAAACCUUCACCCAAAAAGAUCGCGUAAAGCUUUCAUUCAACUUUGGAUAAUCUCAGAUCGCAAAAAUCAGAUUUUUUUUUCUUUUCUUUUUUAAAGAUCAAACAGAGAAGAAGAAGAAGAAGAAGAAGAAGAAGAUGGAGAAUAAUAACAACAACAACAACAGCAAUCAGCAAUCUUUUUGGCAGUUCAGCGACCAGCUGAGAGUUCAGACACCAAAUCUAGCGAACCUGUCGCUCAACGAGUCGAUCUGGAGCACCAACUCCGUCUUCAAAGAGCGUCGAAACUUAGACAUCGCCGACAAGAACAACAACAACAGCCAGAUCGACUAUUAUCUGAACCAGAAUCAGAAGAAGAAGGCUGGUUCCGACUCCAACUGGAGCUGGAAGUCAUCUUCUGGUCCAAACAACGACAACAUGGGUUUGGGUUUCGGACCCGUGGGAUCGAAAUCCGCCGUCCUCGUCGGUUCGAACCCAAUCGACAGAUUCAACACCCCUUUCAACGACACCUGGAAAUUCAACUCAGUCAACGUCAACGCUAACGGUUACACACCACCGUCAGGCGCCGUUAACGGAGACUUCAACAAAGGGGUUUACACGUCGAUGAACAAGUAUGGGUAUAACGUGAAUCUCAUAAAGCAAGGCAACAACAAGGACAAAGGAGUCGAUGAAGAUCAUCAUCAUCCUAAUCAUCAUCAGGUUCAGAAAGGUGGGAAGAAGAACAGGAAGAACAAUAGCCAGAGGAACGAAGACGACAAGAUUAAUAAUGGUUUGGACAAGAGGUUUAAGACUCUUCCUCCAGCAGAGGCUUUGCCGAGAAACGAAACCAUUGGUGGUUACAUCUUUGUCUGCAACAACGAUACCAUGGAAGAGAAUCUCAAACGCCAGCUUUUCGGGUUGCCACCAAGAUACAGGGACUCGGUGAGAGCGAUAACUCCGGGACUUCCUCUGUUUCUUUACAACUACUCUACUCACCAACUUCAUGGAAUCUACGAGGCAGCUAGCUUCGGAGGAACAAACAUUGAGUUGAAUGCUUUUGAAGACAAGAAAUGUCCAGGCGAAUCUCGCUUCCCUGCUCAGGUUAGGGCCAUAACGAGGAAAGUGUGUUUGCCACUGGAAGAAGACUCUUUCCGACCCAUUUUGCACCACUACGACGGUCCUAAGUUCCGGCUCGAACUCAGUGUCCCUGAGGUUCUUUCUCUAUUGGACAUUUUUGCUGACCAAAACCCUUGAAGUUAGUAUACCAAUGAAGAACACUAAAUAGUGGUUGGUUGGUUACUUCAAAUCCAGAAAGAGAGAGAGAAAUAUACCCGAUUAUAUAUAUUUACAUUAUAAGGAGGAGUAUUAAUAAUUGUCUGAAGCAAUGGUAUGGUCUUACUAGUUUAUCGGUUUCUUUACUACAAGUGUUUCCCAGAAACCAGAAUGUAUGGGAGAUUAGAAGAUAUGCUAUUUUUGUGUGGGAUGAUGGAUGAAGAAUACAUCUCCACUUUGUUUUGUGUAAAUUAAAUAAAUAAAAUAAUUGUGUACAACCAAACAAAAUAGGGAGAAAUGAGAUGAGCUCUUAUUAUC